AUGCGUUCCGCCAUUAUCGCCUCCGCCCUUGUGGCGACCGCUGCCGCCGGUGGUGUCUCCUCGGCCAUCUCCCCCACUGCUGCUGCCCCCGCUAGCUGCUCAAGCAACUACCCUGGCAUGUUCCAGAUCCAGGACACCCUCCUCGCCGGGGGCUCCAAGAGGUCUCUCGAAGCCAGGGACACCCCGCUCACCAUCAUGCUCUCCAACGGUAUCCUGAAGGACAGCGUGGGCCGCACUGGCUACCUUGCCUCCAACAUGCAAUUCCAGUUCGACGACCCGCCGCAGGCCGGUGCCAUCUACACCGCGGGCUUCACCAUCUGCUCCAACGGCUCUUUGGCUCUCGGCGACGAUGCCAUUUGGUGGUCGUGCUUGAGCGGCAGCUUCUCCAACAUUUACUACGAAUCCCAGGGCGGGCAGUGCAAGGAGGUUACCCUGCAGGCCAUCCCCUACGGCGGCUCUGCCACCACCGCUCCCCCGGCCAGCGGCCCCACCACCGCCGCUGCUCCCUGCACCGAGUACAAGGACGGCCAGCCGCAAUGCACUCCCACGACCGCCGCGCCCCCGCCUCCCAUGUGCACUGAGUACAAGGACGGCCAGCCCCAAUGCUCUGCUGUCACCGCUGCCCCCGCUUGCACCGAGUACAAGGACGGCCAGCCCCAAUGCUCUGCUGUGACCGCCGCCCCCGCUGUCUGCUCUGAGUACAAGGAUGGCCAGCCCCAAUGCUCCGCCACCACUGCUGCCCCCGCAUGCACUGAGUACAAGGACGGCCAGCCCCAAUGCUCCGCCGUGACUGCCGCCCCCGCUGUCUGCUCUGAGUACUCCGACGGCCAGCCCCAGUGCGCCACUGCCACUCCCUCCGCCCCCGCUGUCUGCUCUGAGUACUCCGACGGCCAGCCCCAGUGCGCCACUGCCACCCCCACCGUGGCCGCUUGCACCGAAUACGUCGACGGCCAGCCCCAGUGCCCUACCGCCCCGGCCACCGGCACUCUCGCCAUUGCCUCGUCCAGCUACACCGGCGCGCCCAUCGCCACCGGCGCCGCGGCCAACCUCGGCUUCAACAAGGAGAUGUUCGGUCUUGCCGCCGGCAUUCUCGCCGUCGCCGUGCUCUAA